ACUAACAACAAUAAAAAACGAUGGCUAAGGCAAGAAGCUUCAACAUCACACGCAUAUCACACGCUUUGUCCAGCGUUGUUUGUUUACCAAAGCCAAAGUGUGUCUGAAGGAGAAUGAGAUUUAUUAACCUUUGCCCACGCAUCACAUAUACCCAAUCCCACCAAAUAACCGUCGACUCUUCGCUUUCCGUACUCUUUAUUUCUUGGAUAUUUUCACUCUUUCUGGGUAUUCUAUAAAUUUUUGAAAUUUCGCUUUUUGGGUGUUGCUUGAACUCAUUGUUUAUACACGAAAAAUAGUAUGAACCCGCAAUAUGGAAGUGGAAGUGGAAGCGCUAGCUCAAGCUCGAGCUCGAGUUUUAAUAGCAGUUCGCAGGAUACAGAGGAUGAUCAUACAAUUGCUACAAUAUUGGCAGAAGAAGAAAGACUAAAAGGUGAUGGGAGACUCGGCAAGAAGCUUUCUCAUUUGGAUUCGAUCCCGCACACGCCUCGGGUAAUUGGUGAUAUACCUGAUCCAAAUGAUGCAACUUUAGACCACGGGAGGCUUUCUGAUAGGUUGACAACAUAUGGACUAGCCGAAUUACAAAUCCAGGGAGAUGGGAAUUGCCAGUUCCGGGCCCUCGCAGAUCAGUUGUUACAGAAUCCUGACCACCACAACUAUGUAAGAAAGCAAGUCAUCAAACAGUUAAAACACCACAAAAAUCUCUAUGAAGGUUAUGUCCCCAUGAAGUACAGAAGCUAUGUGAAGAAGAUGAAAAAGCUGGGGGAGUGGGGAGAUCAUGUUACUCUACAAGCAGCUGCAGACAGAUUCGAAGCAAAAAUUUGUUUAGUCACCUCUUUUCGGGACUCGGGCUAUAUUGAAAUCCUUCCUAAGGACAGAAAUCCAUCUAGAGAGUUAUGGUUGAGCUUUUGGAGUGAAGUUCACUAUAAUUCACUGUAUCAAACUGGUGAGGUUCCUGCAAGGGUAAACAGAAAAAAACAUUGGCUUUUCUAAAGCUUUUGCUCGAAUUUCCCUUGCUGGCGAAGAGCACGAUAUGUACACAAGCGCCCUAUACGCUUUCACUCGAUUAGUUGUUGAUAUACAAAUAAAAUUCCGAGGAUUGGCAUUCCAUUGCUGCUUUUAUUAUAUAAUAUGUAUGCGACUUAAAUAUCUUUCAAACGUGUAAUUUAUCACCUUACAAUACCGUCAAGGGAGAAGCAUAUUGCAGUGGCAUUGCCAUUCUUGAUACCGUAUUAAAGAGUAUCAUUUUCUAAAUAAUUGUUGACACCAUCUAUUAAAGUUGUGAUUCCCACCUCCUUCAAGAACCAUAUGAAGGUAUUCUACCGUCUUAGUAUCGAUUAAUGACUUAACGGUCAUCCACACUUUGUUGUUACAA